GGCUGCUCCUUCGCCGGGUCCAGCCGCAGUCCGGUGCGUAAAGAGCGCAGAGAAAGCGCGCAGUGGAGUUGUGCGCCGGCCUGGAUUUUUUUUUUUACUGAUUCCUCUCUCCGUCAAAUCUGAGCUGCUCUCUCGAUGAGGCUUGGUUCUUCUCCGUGAGUUCUUCGCCAUGAGCUGCCUGGAUGUGAUGUACCAAGUGUUUGGUCCUCAGCCCUAUUUCAGCUCCUACAGCCCCUACCACCACCAGAAGCUGGCUUUGUAUUCCAAAAUGCAAGACCCCCAGGAGAUCAGCGGCCGGCUCGGCCCCUCGGGGCCCCCGGCGAUCAAAGAGGAGGACAAGGAGCUGCCACCGGGCGCCGAGUACCUGAGCUCCCGCUGCGUCCUCUUCACCUACUUCCAGGGCGACAUCAGCACGGUGGUGGACGAGCAUUUCAGCCGAGCCCUGAGCCAGACGACCGCGUACCCGACGCCCAGCGGGCACAAGGCUGCGAGAGAUGGAUCCUUUCCCAUGAGUCAGAGAAGUUUCCCUCCGUCGUUUUGGAACAGCUCCUACCAGCCGUCCGUCUCCUCCACGCUGGGCAGCGCUCUCUCGGCCCCCCACACAGAGAUCUCCUUCCCCGGGGACCCUUACUCCUCUACCUCCCUGCACAGCCACCUCCACCAGCCCAGCCCUGACACCUGGCACCCGUCACACCACCACCACCAUCACCACCACCAUCCUUACUCGCUAGGGGGCGCCAUAAGCACCCAGAGCUCAGCCUACCCUCGACCCGGCGUCCACGAGAUGUACGGCGCGGCGUUCGACCCGAGGUACGGCUCCCUGCUGGUGCCGUCGGUGAGAUCGCACCACCGCCUGUCGUCCGGCAGCUCCGUGCCGGGGCCCAGCACCUCGCCGUGUGACCUCGGGGGGAAGGGGGAGUCGGGGACGGGGUCGGCCUGGAGCGGUGCCUUCACCGGCGCCGGAGCAGAGAUCGGACUCAACAUAGACACAGGUCUGCAGGCACAGGAUAAGAGCAAGGAUCUGUACUGGUUUUAAACGGCGCUGAGAAUCUUCCUCACCUUCCUCUUUUCUAUUUUGGCUUAUUUUUUUCCUCCUCCACUCCUGCUCUGCUCUAACAAACUGUGAGGCGGAAAUCCAUUUUUUUUUUUUUUUUUUUUUUGGUUUUAAAUGGGGGGUAUAACAGCUUCUGGUCUGCUUGCAGCUCUGCGCUACAGUGGACUGUGCAGCAGCAGCAGCAGCAGCAGCAACGUGCAGCCCUGCUGAGCUGAACGCCGACAGCGUGGACGCAAAGCGUGGAAACAAAAGUGGACUCUCGGAAAGCCCGGAGGGAAUCCGAUCUGGACGGAUACGGAUGAAGACAAGAGCCUUUGUGCUUCUGUGACAGGCAGGGACUACAUUCCUAAGCUGGGGGGAAAAAAAAAGUCUGGGGGACAGACGGACAGAGACACAUGCGGGGUCGCACCCCAAAAGAGGAGCACUGGAAGGACUUGGCAGAACCUUCCUACAUGGGCCAACUGGGCUCAGACACUGGGAGUGUGUUAUGGCUGGUGGGGGGGGGGGAUCUGUGCUGGGGUUCAGGAGAGGCUCUGGCAGGCGAUAAAGGCAGGAGUAGUCUGGACACUUUGGUGUUUGGGGAAUCAUGUUCCAACUGGACACUUCAGCUCAGCACCAAUUAAUUAAAAUCGGGACUUGUUGACUGAUUUCGGAAAAAUGUACCGACUGCAACAGCGGACCUCAUUCGAGUCCUCACUGUAAACCCUUUUUAAGAAGGUUUAAGAAUGGCAUCGAGAUGAAGCAUGCUAACUGUAAAUCCUGUUUUAUGAGUGUAAAUUGACAUUGUCUUUAAAAGGUAUUGCACAAGUAAAUAAAUUUUAAAUCUAAAGAUUCAGAAAGACU